CGUCAUGGCACAAAAGACUCUCUAAUCAAGUAGCAGACCGAGAUGAAGACACGAAUGUGGCCUUACUUGGAUGUGUAGGUCUCCUUGCCGCCCUUACGGGUGAAGACGUAAAUUUGUUCCAAGAUCUUGCCAAAUAGCUCCUGUGAUAACAAAUAAAGAUGGAGAUGCAUAUGGAAAUCCCAGCGGAUCUUGCACUUUCAAAGGAAAACAGCAUCCUCAACGACUUAAAACAGGAGACUCGUGAUACUCCGGGAUUUAGUGCCUUAACAGAAAAUGAGCUAAUGGAAAAAGUGGAAAACAUUUUACUUGAAAGGAUAAAAAAUGGUGACAAAAGAGCUUACUUCCAGCUGGGAUUAUUUUAUUAUGAACAGGCUCUUCAGGACAAAGCAAGGAUAUACUUUGAGAGAGCAAAGGACUUUGACUUCCAGGCACUAUUCAUGCUGGCCGUUAUGCUAUUUGAUGGAGUGGGAGGAGACACUAAUACGGAACAAGCUAUAGAAUACCUAAAGAAGAUUGAAUCUUCAAAUGCCAAACAUGCCAAACAUCUUGUGAGGGCAGCCCAGUUUAACAUUGGCCGGGCCUACUUCCAGGGAUAUGGUGUCCAUCGCCAGUCUGAUGAAAUGGCUGAAAAAUACUGGCUGUUGGCCGCAGAUGAUGGAAACCCCAACGGAAGUGUCAAAGCCCAGUCUGCCCUCGGCAUGUUUUAUUCCCUUAAAGACACAAUGGAUCUGAAAAAAGCUUUCUUCUGGCACUCUGAGGCUUGUGGGAAUGGAAGCUUAGAGUCCCAAGGAGCCCUGGGGAUUAUGUACGAGCAUGGUAUUGGGGUCAAGGUUGACCUUGAUGCAGCAAAUGCGUGUCUGAAGGAGGCAGCCGAGCGAGGCAAUGUGUACGCCAUGGGACACCUUGUAGCCCAGUAUUACAGACGGAAACUUUUUACCAAGGCUUCAGACCUAGCUGCGAGAGUGUCCCAAUUUUCUGACAUCGAUCAGAUAGCUAAGGAGACAGACUGUUUACCUAACUAUAUCAGGAAGGGUAUAGGUCUUGGCUGUUUCUACUAUGCUCGCUGUCUGGAAGAGGGUCAUGGUGUGAAGCAAGAUAAAGAAGAGGCUGGAAAAUGCUACUCUAAGUCGUUCGAGUAUGACCCGGAUGUUUGUGCAACACUACAGAAUAUCACUCAACAUGGUGUGAUAUAGGUCAUCCUUUAGAAUAAAUCUGGGUGUCUGUUGUGAAUGCUGUAGAGAUUCCCAUGAUGUUGGACUGUCUAGCAUAUACCAAAGACUGUUAAGUACCCUCCAGUACUUCAGAGAGCAGCAGUAAAACAUAGGCGACAGAGCUGGGUGUGUGUCUCUGUGAUAGGAGCAAUUCCACUGUCAUCAUUUGUGUUUUGUACAUUCCAUGUAAAUGAGCAAAGUACGUUACAACUGAUGGUAUAAUUAUGGCUUGUCAAAUUUGCAUUUAUGUCUUCAAUAGAUGGGAGAUAAGCCAAAUGUUUCGUAAUUUUUAUCCAAUUUAUACCAUUUUUGCCCAAAGAAGAACUUUCUGGUGUCAAACAUGUGCCCAUUUGUUGUCAAAUGACCACUUAGCCAAUUAUUCAGAGAGCACAACUGUGAUUUUGAUAAAAAGAAUAUAUUACAAAAAACUGUUAUUUAUUUCUAGACAUAUUGUUGAUUAUAAAGAUCCCAACUUUGCUGUGAUUUAUUGGUUGUUAAUCAAGAAUGAGACACAUGUAGUUUCAUUUGAGUUAUACAACAGUUCUUUUUUAAGAAAUUUGUGAUGAAACAAGACCAAGGGAGACUUAAUUAACUUAAGGUCCAUGUGAACAAUUAAAAUCAGUAUAUUUAAAAUGAGUACAUUGAACCAAUAGAUGAUCAUAUGAUCAUAAAAUAAUCUGUGAUAUUUAAUAUUGUCUGUAUCAGUGUUUUUUGAUUUAUGUUUUUCAUACAAAUCUAGCUGCCUCAUUUUUUAUACUAGAAUAUGCAUUUUUCUAAAUUUGAACACUGUAUUAGGUUCUAUUUAAUGCAAGUUGUAGGCUGUUUAUUUUAAAAGCUUCCUUUUUUAAUCCAGUAAAUACCAGAUACAAUAUGAAGAAAAUCUUAAACCAAUAUACCCUCAGCUUGAAAUCGAGAGAGCGAGGAAGAUAAUGACGUAGAUCUAUAGGAUCAGUUCACUUAGAGCUGUGUAUUUAUCAGGCUGUUGAAGAACUCUAGAUCUAUAAAUUAUAUAUGUAUCGUGUGUACGUUCCUUUAUUGCCUUUAGAUAUCUGGGCCCCAGGCUGUUGUAGGACUCUAGAUCUAAAUGUAUCUUGCGUGUAGCUAGGUUCCUAUUUUUCUUUCAGAUAUCUGGACCCAGUCUGUUUUCAGGAUUUUUUUUUAUUUUUCAUAUUAAUUAAAACUUUCAAUAGAAAUAUUUGUAAAAGU